AUUGCACGCCGCUGAUCUGAGCGAAAACUCGCUACAGUUAAACUGCACUGAGUCUUGAACAUAGAAUAAGUAAAAAAUUAAAUAUACUCGCUAGCGCUAGCGCGCGCGGUACGGGUAUUGGUACACGUGCAAAAUGGCGAAAACAUCGCACAGACCCGGUCCUUUAAAACAGCAAAAUAAAGGCCACAAAACUGGACGACAUCGUAGUAAAGGCAAAAUCGACGUUGAAUUAAAGGGAAGAGUCUCUGCCAAAGUCAUUUCAAAGAAAUGGAAAAGGGAGCUAAGCAAGGCUGGUCGCCGAAACAAGGCCGUCCAGCUUCGUAAAAAGAAAAGAGAAGAUCUACUCAAUCAGAAGAGGAUAGGGACUCAAGAGGCACCUCCAAAUUUGGUGAUGGUACUCCCUCUUCAUGGAACCAUAGACGUUGAUCGCAUUCUGGGCUGUUUGAGGGCAGCAGAUAGUGAUGCAGUAGAGUAUCCUAGCAACAAUAGUAAUCUUCUACACAUUUGCUUGCCUCGUUUCAAACGAAGAUUCACAAUAGUAGUACCUUCCACCAACCUGUCAGCCAUCUUGGACACAGCUAAGGCUGCUGACUCAUUGCUCUGUCUAGUUGAUCCCAAUGAAUGCUGGGAUGAGUUUGGUGACCUCUGUCUGUCUUGUCUCUUUGCACAAGCUUUGCCUUCAGUGACAUUUGCUACACAGGGUAUGAGUGAUGUUCCAAUCAAGAAGAGACAUGAAGCAAAGAAAACUUUACAAAAGCAGAUAGAAAGGAGAUUCCCAAAUGGCAAGCUGUAUACAGUGGAUACAGAACAAGAAAGUAUUUUACUUCUUCGACACCUUGCAGAACAAAAACUCAAUACUAUAAAAUGGCGUGAUCUUCGGCCACAUAUGUUAGCAGAUGAUGUGACUUUUGAACCCAACAAUAAUGAGGAUGGUAAAGGAACUCUUAAAGUGACUGGUUUCCUAAGAGGAUCAUGCUUGUCAGUCAAUGGUCUCAUUCACCUGCCUGGCUUUGGAGAUUUUCAGAUGAAUCGUAUUGCAGCUCCUUCUGACCCUUGCCCUUUGAACCCAAGGAACAUAAGGAUAAAGGUCAAGAAAAUUGAGGAUGGAAUGACUAUUGAUGAUGAUGAAAAUGAGACAAUGGAGGAAGGUUCAAAGUUACUAGAAGUCGUUGACCCUCACAGUCAAGAAUCCCUCCAGUCAGAGGCUGUACCUGAUCCGAUGGAGGGAGAACAAACAUGGCCGACUGAAGAGGAGCUUGCUGAAGCUGAAGCUGCCCUGAAAGAAGAAAAAGAAGAGCGUAUUGUCAAGAGGGUACCCAAAGGAACGUCAGAGUACCAAGCUACAUGGAUUAUUGAAAGUGAAGGAGAGGAUGAAGAGGAAGAUGAUGACGAGGAGAGUGAUGAGGACGAGGAGUAUGUGGAUGCCAUGCUCCCUGAAGCUGAAGAUGUAGAAUCUAUUCCAGAGGAACCUUCGGAAGCAGAUGAUAUGGAAUUUGAAACGGUGAGCAUUAGUGGUGGGAGCAAGGAGAAUUAUGAUGUUCAUUUUGAUGAGGAAGAGGAAAAGAAAUUAUUAGAGAAGUACAGAGAGGAGAGGAGUCAUGCAAUGUUCCCUGAUGAAAUUGAUACCCCAAUGCAUAUGUCUGCGAGAACAAGAUUUGCAAGGUAUCGUGGUCUAAAGAGUUUCCGAACGUCACCAUGGGACCCCAAGGAGAAUCUUCCUCUGGACUAUGCUAGGAUUUUCCAGUUUGAAAGCUUUGACAGGACAAAGAAGAGAGUGCUAUCAACAAGGAAUGAGGGCAUUGCAGAGGUUGGAAACUAUAUCACAAUACACAUAGCUGAUGUACCAAGAAGUGCCUUUGAUGACUAUGACCCAUCCCAUCCACUUGUUGUAUUUGGUCUACUACAGCAUGAACAAAAGAUGUCUGUUCUUCAUUUCACUUUGAAACGGCAUCCAGACUUCAAUGAACCAAUCAAAUCAAAGGAACGACUUGUAUUCCAAGUUGGAUACAGGCGAUUCUCAGCAUGUCCUAUCUUCUCACAGCACACAUCAGGCAAUAAGCACAAGUAUGAGAGAUUCUUUCCUAAAGACUCGGUUACAGUAGCUAGUGUGUUUGCACCUAUCACCUUCCCUCCUGCAACUGUUCUUGCUUUCAAAGAAUUACCUGAUGGAUCUCAUCAACUUGUAGCCACAGGAACCAUGCUAGGGGUCAAUCCAGACAGGAUAGUGGUCAAGAGAGUUGUUCUUAGUGGUCAUCCGUUCAAGAUCAUCAACAGACAAGCAGUUGUCAGAUAUAUGUUCUUCACUCGAGAGGACAUUUUGUGGUUUAAACCAGUGGAGCUACGCACCAAGUGGGGUAGAAGAGGCCAUAUCAAAGAACCAUUAGGCACUCAUGGGCAUAUGAAAUGUAUAUUCGAUGGGAAGAUGAAAUCUCAAGACUGUAUUAUGAUGAACUUAUACAAACGCAUGUAUCCCAAAUGGACAUUUGAUGCAGUGGGAGUACGCUCACUUCAUAUAACAGCACCAAGUCAGCACUUUACAGAUGACAUGGAGUCCCUGUGAAGCAUUUUCUUCUGGUUAACUCCCUCCAUUUCUAAUGUCCCAAUUGAGUCAUGCGUACAGUAACUGAAUAGCAGUGAUGGUAUUUUGUUUUCAAGACCACAAAUAAGCCCUACUGCAAGGCAUCAGGAUUUGACCAGGGGGCCAUUUUUAUGUCACACUUAUCACCAUCACCAUAGUGGUCAAAUUAUGUUCAGGUGAUUUGUACUACUCUGUAUAAAAAGUAUAUGCCAUGUAUACUAUGACUUCUUAAUAUCACUCUUAACUGUGUAAAACAGCCUCCUUAUAUCUCGUAUAAUACUGAUCAUCCUGUACUUUCACCCUUUGUUUAGCAAUCAAUAUCAUCACUCCUUAUGUUUCAUUUGUGUAAAUCUUUGAAAGAUACAAACAUUAAAGAAAAUAAAGAUGGAAAAUAUUUGAAUAUCUGAUGCCCAUUAAAACAAAUAGUCACAAUCAAAUGCAACUCUAAGAAUGGAAUGCAACUUCAAUUUUAAUCAAUCAGAAGCCUGCAUUUUCGACUUUUGUUUGAUAAUUUUUUUUUUUUUUUUGGCAUUUAAACAAUAUCUUUCUUUAACUUUGUAAGCUAUUCUUACAGGGUUCCCAGCCCAUCGGGGAAAAUGAUUUUUCUUUUUUCCAGUCAGGGAAAAAUUAGGGAAUUUGAUGAAAACUACCCUUAAUCAGGGAAAAUGCCUCAAAUGAGGGAAAAAUCAAGGUAUUUUGAUCAGCCCAAAAGUCGAAAGCAUGGUAGUCGGUCAGACUCUGUUAUAUUUUGUUGCAUAUCAAAACAACAUCCAUUGAAUGACUGGUUACAAUGGUAAUAAUUAGUUUUACAUUAUUGUUUUUAUACUGAAAAUACAUGUAAUUCACUGCAACAAUGUAGAAAACAUGUGAAACUGGGAAUGGGUUUAAAUAAUUAUCAGGGAAUUCUUAAACUUUAUCAGGGCAAAAUCAGAUAAUUUGUAUUCUUGAAAAGCUGGGAACCCUGUCUUGGAUUCAUUUCCUCAUCUACAUUUUUAAGAAAGAUUAUUAAUACUGUAGUAACUUUGAUAGUAGCAAAACAUCAACUGUAAGCAAUGUAUUUUAAAACAGCUAGACAUACUCAAUGCAUAAUGUUGACUCUACGAUAUAUACAAAGGGUGUUUCAUUGUUUAAUGUUAUAUAUUUUCUAUUUUUAAAUGAGAUACCUUGAAAUUAUUACGGUACUUGUCAUGGAUUGCAAGAUCUCUUUGAUAAAUUCUGUAAUCUCUGUUUGUUACAAGCAUUUAUAGCUUUUGUUAAGAAGUGUUAAAGUUAAGACACAUUGGCUGCAUGAUAUCAUGGUAUGAUUGUAAAAUUGAAAUGUUUUGACAUUGAAACAUCAACUGAUAGAAGAUGAAAGUAACACAAUUUAGCACCUCUCAUGAUAAAAGAGGGAUUUUGAUUUGUAAAUCAGUUGAGAAAGAGUCAUGUGACCAUUGAAAAAUAAUUUGUCAUGGGGGAUAAUCUUGAUAUGAUUGCUGAUAAUGGAAUAAAAGAUACAUCAAAUAUUUUUGUUAAUUUCAUCUUGUAUUUUUUUGUUUUAAUGAUGAGAUUACCAAAGAUGAUACAAGAGAAAAAAUAUAUGAUUAAUCUAUUAUAGGCUAUGUAGUUCCAAACAUAAUUAUGGAAGCUUCGUUAUAGUUCUUGUACAUGAUUAUCAUUGGCAUACAAAAUACUUUCAUCAAUCUUAUUAAUGAAUUUAUUCACCUUUAUGUUAAGAACAAAUUCAUGUAUCCCACUUGUUUAUGUAAGUGUGCACUUUUAAGAUAUUUUGACAAAUACACAAUGAAUGGAAUCAUUGGAAUAUUAUUUAUUAAGAAAAACCCCAACAAGAUCUAUUCUGAUGUAGAUUAAAUUCGAGAAUUAUUGUUACUUUUGGAUAUGAUAUUAUUAAACAACUAUUUCCCUUACCAAUUUUCUGCUGUUUUAUUUUUAAAUACGUAUAUUUAUUUCUUUUGAAAAUUUUAAACAAAUGAGUGCUUUUUAAUGCAAGUAUUCUGUGAAAUAAUCCUUAAAAACUUUGGCUUGUAUUCUAAACUCAGGUUUGAUUUAAACUCUGGGGGGUGUUUCACAAAGAUUUAAGUAUGACUUAGAGUCGCACUUAUAUACCAAGUUGCAUACAUUAUGAAAGGCUUGACCACAUUGGUCAGAUCGUGUCGUGAGGACGCACACUACUGCGUAUCUAUCAAUAAGAUUGCGUGUUGCAUAUUGUGUACACGUUGGCAUUUUAUGCGAGACUUAAGUCAUACUUAAAUCUUUGUGAAACACCCCCCUGGUCUAAAGAUGUGGUUAAUUAUAGAUAGCCAACUGUGACACAGAUCUAUAAAUGUACAGGUUCAAUUUAUUAUCUCAUCUGCCACUCAGAUCUUUCAAAGCUGUCUGAAAAUGAUAACUGAAAUUGUUUUCUUUGCAAUUAAAAUGCAAUGAAGAAGGAAAGUGAAUAUAUGAAAUAUACAAUAUUAAUAAAAUGUUGACAUUUUGGCUACCCAUAACUUCAGCACAGAGUUUAAUCAUGGUUUAUUAAGUUAAACUGGACUUCAGAAUAUGGGCCUUUAUCUUUAAAACAAGCAUUUUAAGUUUACAGAACUUUUUAUGAAAUCAUACCUUGUUAUUCAAAGCCUUGUACAGUAUAUGAUUAUGAGCUUUGAGAGAAUCAUGUAAAAAAAUAGAUCACUUGGACUGCUAGGCACCAAAAACUAUUUUUAAGUUAACAGCUUUGAUGUAAGUUUUUACAGUAUUUGAGUUACUACUACUAUGUGUACAGCUGUCAUGAAUCAGUUAAAGAGAAUGUUAUUGAGCCAACUGUAAAAACAAUUCAUGUAAAAAUAUAUACAUAUAUGUUUUAUGUAGUCUCUUAGUACCUUAUUCUCUAAUUAAUGAUAUAAUUCACUCUAAAUAAUAAACUAGUUCACACAUAUUUCUACCUGGAUUUAUUUAUUCACCGCAUCUCUUGGAAUUCCCCAGAUGGCGCUAUUCAACAUUGCAUCAUCCAUCAUAUUGUAACUCUAUACAGUGUACAUGACUGUAUAUACUACAAUCUCCCCAGUUUAAGAAAAGGAAGUAGUAUUUGGAUAUCUAAUAAGUUUUUAAAAUUUUAUUCAUUAUUUUAUGUUAUGGAAAUUUUAUGCCAUACAAUUUAUGUAUUUUUAUGUACAGUUUCAUGAAGACUAAAUAAAUAUUAGGUUAUACCAUU